GGUGAGUCAGGCCGGGUUUUCCCUCCGCCUCUGGGGCAGGCGAGCGAGCGCCACCGAGCGCGUCCCUACCUUGCCAAUCCGGCUCCGGCGCCCGCCCGCCCGCGUUUUCCCGACGUCUGCCACCCGGCGGCUCUGGCCCGCCUGGCAGUCUCGGCUGGACCGGCGCCCUGGAAGGAGGGUCCAAAUCCGAGCGAGUGAACUGCGGAGCGCGAGGGGUGCGGAGUGGCGCCAGCAUGAAGCAGCUGCUGGUGCUCCGCUGAAAAUUCAUGGCCACAGCCCCAGGCUCUGUUGGCAUUGCCAUGGGCAGCGUGGGCAGCCUGUUGGAGAGGCAGGACUUCUCCCCUGAAGAGCUGCGGGCGGCCCUUGCGGGGUCUCGGGGCCCCCGCCAGCCCGAUGGGCUCUUCCGGAAGGGCUUGGGCCAACGUGAGCUCUUCAGCUACUUGCACCUCCCCAAGAAGGACAGCAAGGCCAGCAAGCGGGCCGCCCGGAAUGAGCCGGCCGACUACGCCACCCUUUACUACCAGGAGCAUCCUCGGGCCGGUGACUUCAGCAAGACCUCACUGCCCGAACGGGGACGUUUUGACAAGUGCCGCAUUCGCCCGUCGGUCUUCAAGCCCGUGGCGGGCACCGGGAAAGGCUUCCUGUCCAUGCAGAGCCUGGCGGCCCACAAGGGCCAGAAGUUGUGGCGCAGCAAUGGCAGCCUGCACAUGCUGGCCUGCCACCCACCCCUGAGCCCAGGGCCCCGGGCCAGCCAGGCCCGAGCCCAGCUGCUGCACGCCCUCAGCCUGGACGAGGGCGGCCCGGAGCCCGAGCCCAGCCUGUCUGACUCCUCCAGUGGGGGCAGCUUUGGCCGCAGCCCUGGCACAGGCCCCUUCAGCUCCUCCCUGGGCCACAUGAACCACCUCGGGGGCUCCCUGGACCGGGCCUCAAGGAGCCCCAAGAAGGCGGGGCCAACAGCCAUGCUGAGUUGCCUGCCUGAACCCCCACCCCCCUACGAGUUCUCCUGUUCCACCGCCGAGGAAGUGAUGGCCAUGCUGCCCGACACCUGUGAGGACCUCAAGCGAGGUCUCGUUGACGAGGAUGGUGCCAACCCCUUCACGCAGGUGCUGGAGGAGCGCCAGCGGCUGUGGCUGUCGGAGCUGAAGCGCUUGUACGUGGAGCGGCUGCACGAGGUGGCCCAGAAGGCGGAGCGCAGUGAGCGAAACCUCCAGCUGCAGCUGUUCGUGGCCCAGCAGGAGCAGCGGCGCCUGCGCAAGGAGCUUCGGGCACAGCAGGGUCUUGUCCCUGAGCCUCGGCCCCCAGAAGCUGACCCCAACACUAGUCCAGAGGAGGAAGCGCGAUGGGAGGUGUGCCAGAAGACAGCAGAGAUUAGCCUCCUGAAGCAGCAGCUGCGGGAGGCCCAGGCCGAGCUGGCCCAGAAGCUGGCUGAGAUCUUCAGUCUGAAGACACAACUCCGGGGCAGCCGGGCACAAGCCCAGGCCCAGGACGCAGAGCUGGCCCGGCUGCGGGAGGCCGUGCGGAGCCUGCAGGAGCAGGCCCCACGGGGGGAAGCCCCAGGUGGUUGUGAGACUGAUGACUGCAAGAGCAGGGGGCUGCUGGGGGAGGCAGGAGGCUGCGAGGCUGGAGAGGCCACCGAGCAGCUGCGGGCUGAGCUGCUGCAGGAGCGGCUCCGGGGCCAGGAGCAGGCUCUACGCUUCGAGCAGGAGCGGCGGACGUGGCAGGAAGAGAAGGAACGGGUGCUGCGCUACCAGCGGGAGAUCCAGGGGGGCUACAUGGAUAUGUACCGCCGUAACCAGGCACUGGAACAGGAGCUGCGGGCACUGCGGGAGCCCCCCGCGCCCUGGAGUCCUCGGCUGGAGUCCUCCAAGAUCUGAGGCCAGCUGCACGAGCCGACAGCAGAAGCGCUGUCAGAAGAUGGCUUGGGCGAGCCUGCCCUGAGACAGCUGGCCGGCUCCGUCCUGAUACUGGUCUGAGGCAGAAUCUGCUGAAGCCAGCUGGGAUGGGGAAGCCCACCUAGAGAAGGGAUCCAGAGGGGCUGUGGGCUGGGUAGGGUGCCACAACAGGAGCCAGGCCCUCGUGGCUAAGAAGUACCCCAGCAGGGCCCACAGCCUGUGGCCCUGGAAAGGGAGACUGGGAGAUGAGGUGCCUAAGAUUCUGAGGGAUAGGCAUGAGGGAGGGAGGCUGGGACAGGAACAUUGGCCUCCCCCAGAAUGAAACCACAGUAUUUUUUUUUAAUUGAUUUGAGAGAGAGAGAGAGGAAAAACCAA